AUGGCCCCAGUUGAACAAGACGUGGAAAUGAAAAAUGCCGAUAGUCCAGCAGGGGUGAGCGACGUUGAAAUGAAUGAAGUGAAAAAAGAUGCUGAUGUACUAACUGUUCAAGACUUACGAGAACAUGUCAGGCAAAUCGAUAAAGCCGUAUCUUCAAAGGAACCGAGAUUUGCAAUGCGAGUGUUACGGUCUAUUCCGAGUACAAGGAGAAAAUUAAACGGAAAUGUCCUUCGUGCUAUAAUAAACCAACUCUAUCCAUCAAGCCCGGAGAAAGAAACUUUACUCGCGUUCGUUGAAAGUCCUUUACCAGGUGCUGUUGAUAUUGAAACACCCCGUUCUAGAAGUGCUGCGAAAACACCAGUUCCAGAGAAUGUUAUCAAGACUGCCAUACGCUCAAUUGGCCUCUCAUAUUCUCGCAUAUCCCCAAAAGAUAUAGCCAGAAAGUUAGGUUUAGACUCUGCAGAAGAUGCAGAAUUCAUUGUCGCAAAAGCAAUUAGAGAUGGAGUUAUUGAGGCCACUCUUGAUCCAGAAAAGGGAUACAUGAGCAACAAAGAAAGCUCUGACAUUUAUUGUACUAGAGAACCUCAACUCGCGUUCCAUCAGAGAAUUUCAUUCUGUUUGGACUUGCAUAAUCAAAGUGUUAAGGCAAUGAGAUAUCCUCCAAAAUCAUAUGGUAAAGAAUUAGAAAGUGCUGAAGAACGUAGAGAAAGAGAACAACAAGAUCUAGAAUUAGCCAAGGAGAUGGCCGAGGAGGAUGAUGAUGGUUUUCCU